UGAGGGACAGAUGGAGGAAGAGAGGGAGAGGGACAGGGCGAGAGAGAGGGAUGAAGAGAUGAAAGGAGAGAAGGCGGCUGCAUGAGGGAGAGGAGAGCAAACUGGGCGCUUGGAUAAAAGGAGAGAAGAGAAAACAGAGAAGCGGCUUCGGGUCGUUGCGGAUUCGUUGAGAAGGAAAGAGGAGUAAGGAAGGGGGUGUAGAGGAGAGGAAAGGAGGUACACUGUGAUGUUGCGGGGGGAGCAUGCCGAUUACCAGCGCCAGUACCACACUUUGGGCAGCACCCCACGUCGCUUCUCCAACCCUGACAUGGAGGCACUGGCCAAGCUGCACAAGGGCGAGGCAGAGAGGCAGCGGGGCAAAUACCCGCCCCAACACGCUGCCACACUCGUCAACACCAACUGCUCACGGCAGCAGCAACCACAUUACUGGAGUUUUAAGGCAAGGACUCCACGGGCUGGUGGUGGUCAGCAGUCUCUGGGUGAGCAGGUGGGAGGCAGGGCGUUCUACGCCUCAGCGGAGAGUUUAGACAGCAUGGCCGACGCUGACCUGCCUCUGGGCUUCAGCCGCACCAACCGCCUCAGACAGAGUCUCCCACUCGCACGCUCUCCCAGCCAGAGCAAACUCCGAGCACCUGGGGUCCUGUUCCUGCAGUUUGGAGAUGAGACGAGGCGUGUUCACAUCACACAUGAGCUCACCAGCAUGGAGACGCUGCACGCUCUCAUCGUGCAUAUGUUCCCGCAGAAGCUGACUAUGGGGGCUCUGCGCUCGCCCAGCACAGCAAUCCUCAUCAAGGACGAGGCACGCAACGUCUUCUAUGAGCUGGAGGACCCGCGAGACGUUCAGGAUCGCUGUGUCAUAAAGAUCUACUGCCGUGAGCCUCCGCUUCGGGACACGCCCUAUAACACCCCCCACCACGGACACCAUGGGCACAUUGCCAACGGAGAUCUGCGGAGAGAGCUGGUAUAUGCCUCGAGGGAGUCAUCUCCUACUCGCCGUCUGAACACCCUCCCUUCCUCCUCAUCCCCUUCGGGCUCGCCGUCCCGCUCGCACUCCCGCCUCUCCUACGCUGGGGGGCGGCCCUCAUCCUACGCUGGAGGCCCUCCGCCUUCCCCCCAGCCUCACCCCUACCAGCACCAGCACCAGCACCAUGUCCCUGGGCAGGCUGUUCACGGGCAGCCCGUGUUCUGCCCCUCGCCUAGUGCCAUCCUGGAGCGUCGAGAUGUGAAGCCAGAUGAGGAGCUGACGUCGUCAUCUAAGAGUGUGGUGCUGCUGAAGAACGAGGCCAUCUAUGCUGACCCAUAUGCGUUGGUCCACUCACCUCAGGCCCUUGCCUACCGCCGCGGCUCUGCUCGCUCUCUGGGGCCCUACCCCGCUGCUGCGCUGCACUGCGAGUUGGAGGGUGCCCUCUACAGGCCUGGAGGUCCCCUCUACGCUGACCCUUAUGCUGCUGCUGGCUUCCGCACGCUGCCCCCGGCCUCGCCACAGAAGCUGCUGGAUGCAAGAGACCCGUACGGACCGCAGCCGGGCCGGGGGUCGCCAGGCAGGCAGGCAUUCAGAAAGGAUGGGACGGUGUUCGUAGAGAGCCCCAAAUCCCGGGGUGGGGGGCCACCGCUGGACCAAAUGUGUGUAAUAGGAGGACCUGGAGCUGAAGGUGUGGGGUUGCCAGGAUACACUACGCCAUUACCUGGCAAUGAAACGGAGACCAGGGAGCGAAUGGAGGCAAUGGAGAAGCAGAUAGCCAGCCUGACCGGUCUGGUCCAGAGCGUUCUAACCAGGGCCCCUGACAGUCCUGACAAGGCUGAAACAGCGAGCGACUGCUCAGCUCCUGAGACUGGCAGGUUUAGAAAAAGAAAAGCUACGACUCCCUCAGCCCCUCUGGCCCUGAUGCCACCUCCUCCCACUGGAGCGUCCCAGCCGAUCAACAUGUCCCGCUCCCAAAUGCAGCUUCACCUGAGUGAACUGCAGCACAGCACAGCCGAGCUGAGGAGGCAGCUGACGCAGUUACGUAAACUGCAGUUACAGAAUCAGGAUUCAGUGCAUGCGUUGCUGAGACAGACAGAGGCAGAUUUAGGUCUUUGCUUAAUUGAAGCAUCCCGGACGCAAGAGGACCCCCUUCAACGCCAGCGCCUCCUAGUGGAGGAGGAGAGACUGCGCUAUCUCAAUGAGGAGGAACUGAUUAUACAGCAACUGCAUGAUCUGGAACGUUCAGUGGAGGAAAUGAAGACUGGGGCAGGGCUGAAUCAUCGCCUGGUAACUGAACAAGAAGUAGAACAGAAGAGUCAGGAGCUCAGGAGACUGGGAGAGACUCUGACUGACCUCAAAAAUCAAUUCCCAACACUCCAGAGUAAGAUGCGUGUGGUAUUGAGGGUGGAAGUGGAGGCAGUGAAGUUUCUGAAGGAGGAGCCUCUGAGGCUGGAUGCACUGCUGAAACGCUGCAGGAACAUCACAGAUACACUUGCACUGCUGAGAAGGCAGGUAUCAGAAGGCAUGUGGAAGACUCCAGAGGACUUUAGUAGCUCCAUGUCCAGCUCCAGUGAUGCUGACUUUGCGAAGAGCUGCGAUUUGGACAUCCUGACCAGUCCCUCUCUCAGCAGCCUGCCUGACCUAGCAGCCACUUUAUCAGGCACGGGCAGUCUCUCGGCCUCCUUGGCGACCAGUGCCAACCUGGGGACUAGUCCCAGCCUCACCAACACUGCCAGCAUAGGGGCCACUGCUAGUCUGUCCAGUGCUCUGGGCACCAGUCUUGGGUCAACUCUAGGUGGCACUGCCGGUUUAGUAGGCACCACCACGCUGGGGAGCUGGCUGGCCAGCACAGCGGCGAUGGACAGCAGCAUGCCGGAACAGGACAACACCUCAGCUAGUGCAGCAAAGGGCCGCGGCCUGGAGGACAUGCCCACACGCAGAGAACCGGACAAAGGAGUAUCUGUAGAAGUCCGCCUGGCAGCAGAGCGGGACUGGGAAGAAAAGCGGGCUAGCUUGACCCAGUUCAGUGCCCAGGACAUUAAUCGUCUCUUGGAGGAGACCCAGGCGGAGCUAAUGAAGGCCAUUCCUGAUCUGGACUUCGCUGCCAAGCAGAUCACCAAGCCGGCCGUGCCCCCGAAACCCCAGCUCUCCUCUCUGCCCAAACCAGUCACGCCAUCCUCCACACCCUCCUCCACCCCUGAACACCAACCUGGAAAAACCCCACCCAAACCAGCCAGUAAGGACACUACCCCACGCAGGGAAUCAGGGGAGUUGACAGUGCCACGGUAUCGAACGGAGAAGCCGUCCAAGUCUCCACCCCCUCCACCGCCACGGCGCAGUUUCCCUUCAGGCCACGGACUCACAACCAACAGCAGCGGAGAAGUUAUCAUCGUAAACAAGAAUGUGAAAAAACUGGAGAAAAGUGAAAACUGUGAGGAACCAGACACACAGACACAGUCUCAGACGCCGCCCAUCAAACUCAGAAGACCUUCCACUUCGGAUGGGCCCCGCCCCUCCUCCACGCCACCAGUUAUCGCAGCCUCUGGGAUGAAAGAGGAUGAAGAUGAGGAAGAGAAAAUCAUGGCAGAGCUCGAGUCUGCUGGUACCCCUCCUGGGUCCGCCAAACUGGCAUCGUCGUCAGCAGCAUCCCGCCUGAAGCACCUGCAGCAGAGCAGCCUGGAGCGGAAGAACAGGAAGCAGCGUGAGGACUUCCCCAAACUCCAGCAGGGCCAGCAGCAGGUAUUCCACUUCUAACAGUGGCUGCGCCCCUUCCCUGCCCUCCACCGCAGUUAGCCAUCGUUGUCCAUCACCACUUGACCUGAACCUCCAGUCCUGAGCCAGAACUGAGCGGCGCCUGGCGCUAACUGCUGCGCUACCAGCGUAGCGAGAACUGCUGCUCUAGCUGAUGACUAUUACCUGUGAAGCUCAUGGCUGAAUUUCAGCAGCAGCUGAGCAUUGCUCAUAAAGCUAGCUAUCUGGUUUGCUAGCAGCUAAGUCUGUUUGACAGCUAAGCAGUAAUUAUUUCAGUAGCAGAUAAGUGUCACCUGUGAAGCCAGAAGCUAAAUAUUACCUGUCCUAGUAGCAGUCGUGCACCAGUGGUUCUGUUAGCUGCUGCGUAUGGACCCUGUUGCUAACCCGUCUCGAGUCAGCAACCUGCCAGCGACCAUCGCAGCUGCUCCACAGAUGCUGCGACACACGAGUGUGUGCUGCAUUGGUGCGUGCAACAUUGCGAUGUCUACCUCUCUGCAGGGGGUUUCAACAUGCCCCAUCUGUCUAUCCUGCCUCAUGUUUGCUGUCUUGCCUCUUGUAGUGUGGAAUUUAAUUUCUUCCUUCCUCCAUAUUCUUCCAAAACAGAAGCAUUGCAUGCUAAUGUAAUCACAUGGUCACAGUUCAUGGGAGCUGCUCUCAGACUUCUUCAUAUCUGCUUAUAUCUGCCAGUUCCUCAAAGGCGGAGGGUAGCGCCACAUUCUUCACUUAAUGCACUGCCUCUUUGUCGUUUUCUGCGCUUAACUCUGAUUGCAGUCCAGCAAGGCUGGGUCCAGUACGGCAGCUUGACAUUUACAUGUGCAUUACCCCAAAAGCUUGUUUGGCAUCUUGCUGUUGUUACUACAGCUAAAAAAGCCCUGUUUGCGUUCCACCUUCCAUUCUGGCUCCUGCAAACACACAGCUCUUUCCAUUGUGCUCUGAAAUCUGUAAGGCGUUAUUGCAGCAAUAGAGACAAAACUAAGAUUUGUAUUGGUUCUACAAGAAAUGCAGUACUCUUCUAUUCACCCAUAUCUUUGCUGGAUGGAUAUGACUCAAAGUGACUCUGCACCCACUCAGUCCUCAUUGCAGGUGCAUCAUCAGGCCUAGAUGCUCCAUGACCAUAUCUUAUUUGUCACACCCUUCGGGGCCUUGAGCAUGCAGACGAGGGUGAGCAGGACCAGAGGGAAAGCACCAUGUUUUUUGGCAAAUAAGAAUAACAAAUCCAUGCAACCCAGUACUAGCAGUGUUUUACCUAAAGCUACCUUUGAUAGUCUUUAAGACCUUAAGACAGAAAAACAAAAAGGCAAAAAAUGAAGUCUGUACUGUAAAACGUAAGCACUGUUGAGAUUAAAUUAUCAAAAGAUCAAACGAUAAAAAGUGGUACUUACUAAAGAACACAAGAAAUGCUUCGAUUUAAAGAAAAAAAGCAAGGCUGGUUAAAGAACCACAGCAGAAGACCUUGGGGAGAUGAAAGGGCAAAGCACUCUAGAGAGGGAAACAGAACGAGGAAGCACUCCAGAGUCUCUUGGGUGACUCUUAUCUAUGAGGGCAGCUUUGCAGAGUCACGGCUCUUCCCUCAAUCCAGCCCAAAGAAACGGGGGAGUGAGAGUGAGAGAGAGAGUAGGAGGGUGCAUGGAAGCCCUGAGGGAAGGAGUAAGAGAAUGAAAACAUGAAAAGGAGGAAGAGAGAGAUAAGACAGUGAGGUUUCAUUUCUCUCCAGUUAACAUUUGCGCCGGCCUCUCUUUCUCUCCUUCCUGCAGGAAUAAUCUUUAGGCCAUUAGCUAGCUGUGAGCUGCACAGCUAGCCGGCUCACUGCAGUCCGCAGGGCCUGGUUAUUCCCCCAUAACUGAUCCAAGGACAAACUGACACUCAGAAUGAACAGGAAUGGGUCUCUCAAUUAGCGAUGUGAUGAAGGCACCCAAAUCGUUUUCUGUUCGGAUGAUAGCACUGUGAAUGGAGCUAGGCACUAUGGAAUAUAA